AUGGCCGACACUCAUCGCUUUCCUUUUGAAGUGGUUGAUUUGAUUUUAUUUUACUUCGCUAGAGAUUUUGAAAAGGCCUGGACCAAUUCUAGGAAUAGUGCCGAACAGCCUCCUUUACCAGACCAUGGCGUAUUAGAACUCUUAAACUUAAGAUUGGUCGGGAAAUCCUGGGUGUUGGCAGUCUUGUCACAUGCUUAUCAAAACUUACACUUUAGCUCAGCAUUGGUAGUGAACCGCUUCGUUGAUACUUGGAAUAGUUCAGCAACAGUCACAACUAUGGCUUGGUUAAGCCACCUUAGCUUCGAUCAAAUCACUUGCCCGGAUUUGGAUUUUGAACUCGGAUCAAAUCAAGCUAAGAUAGGUUCACUUGGAACUUACCGAAUCGAUUUCGAAAAGGAAAACUUCAACUAUAAAUCAAUUAUAUUAGAGGACAUCGAAGAAAUUAUCAAGUUUUGUGGUCAAACCUUGUCAGGCUUAAAAUUCGCGUUUAAGGCAGGUGCUGGAUUUACACCCGAAAUGAUUAAAUUAAUAAAAGAUAUUAAAGGUCUAAAAGUGUUGAUCGUCGAGGCGAAUCCCUACGGAGUCAAGAAGAAUCACUCGAAGUCAAUCGAAGCUUUACUCAACGUUACGCCUGGCCUUGAAUCAUUAUCACUCGACAUUGGAUGUAUUCAACCACUGGACUUAGAUCAAGGCGCACUACCUGGCUUGAAGCACUUAUCGGCCGCGUGCGAUACAAACGACCAGGAGGCCAUUACGGAACUUUGCAAAAGUCAUGGUCAAAAUAUCAGUUGCUUGGAAUAUCUUGCGCAUCCGGAUUGCGACCGAGCUGCGGAGGUGAUCUCGGCUUUGCGUAAUUCACUCAAGGUCUUGUUCGUAGAGUCCAUUCCUGAUGUGCUUCCGGCCGAAUCUUGUCUCGACAGUAGAAAGUCCCAGUCUGGCUUGGUUGCAAUUGGAGAUUGUAAGGAACAUGAAAACCUAUGUGACGGACUAUUGGUGUUCCAAAAAAUAUUGGCGAAAUGGCUUGAAGGCGCUUAA